UCAUCAAUACAUGUGCUCCGAAGCUGUUACCGAGAAAUGUGGAGAAAUGCUGUAAAUGCCGGCUGCCGGGAUAAAUGACUGUUUAAAAGUUGUAAGAGAAGCAUAAACGUAUUUAUCUACAACGCUUGAUAUUCCCAGCAUGCCUUGUUGGUACUAUGAUAAAGAUGAGUUUCAGAAAACUCCGUCCCAGGCAGACGGCAUUGACCAGGAAACAGAGGCCCGAUACCGCAAGGAGGGGGCCAGGUUUAUUAUUGAUGCUGGCAACAAACUAGGACUUCGUUAUGACACAUGUGCCACAGGAGUUGUAUACUUCCACAGGUUUUACAUGUACCAUUCCUUUAGAGAAUUCCACAGAUAUGUGAUGGGUGCCUGCUGUCUAUUCCUGGCAGGAAAGGUAGAGGAGACACCUAAGAAGUGCAAGGACAUCAUUAAGACAGCAAGAUCCAUGUUGCCUGACCAACAUUUCAUGGUGUUUGGAGAGGACCCCAAGGAGGAAGUGAUCACUAUGGAGAGAAUUCUGCUACAAACCAUCAAGUUUGACCUGCAGGUGGACCACCCCUAUUCAUUCCUGCUUAGGUUUGCCAAAGGCAUCAAAGGUGAUAAACAGAAAGUCCAGAAGAUGGUGCAGAUGGCAUGGACAUUUAUCAAUGACGGCCUGUGUACCACUCUGUGCCUGGAGUGGGAGCCAGACAUAGUGGCUGUCGCACUGAUCUACCUGGCCAGCAGACUGUCCAAGUUUGAUAUUACAGACUGGGAAGGCAGGGUGCCAGGAACCAAGGGGAAGUGGUGGGAACACUUUGUAGAGGACGCUACUCUGGAGUUAUUAGAAGACAUCUGUCACCGAGUGUUGGACCUGUACUCCAGCAACCCCCAGAAGAGGGCGGAGUCCCCUCCCAUGAUUACCAACAGAACUCCUGAACAGAGACAGCUGUUACUACAGCAGCAGCAGGCACUGCCAGUGAAGAAACCUUCCACACCCCCAGAACCCCCACAGCCAGCUAAGGUCCCCAGACAGGAUGGUAGCAGGUCCUCCAGUGUCACCCCCACCCCUGGGGCCAAACCCUCCAGGGGACCCAGCACACCCACAUCCCCAGGGAGGCCAUCGCACUAUGCCGGACAACAGCCUGUGGAGAAACCCCUCACCCCCCAGCCAGGGCCAGUACCCCCUCAGGGGGUGGUAGCAGGCACCCCAGGAGGUCAGUACGGCAGUGUGACCCAGCCUGUGGGGACCCCCACCCCAGGGCAGUAUACCACCCCCUAUCAGCAGCCACCCCCUGCUCUACCCCCACAACCAGCACAGACUACCUACAGCAGCUAUAACCCCUACAUGUCCUCACAGAUGUACACCUCCUCCUUCAUGUCCCAGGAGGGCUCCCAGGAUAUCAAGUCUCUGAUCAACCAGGCCAGUACGGCAGGCAGUGUUGGCUAUAACCCCCAGUCAGGCACUCCUGCCCCUGUGUACAACCAGGCUACUGCCCCAGCUACAUUCUCUACCAGUACUGCCUUCCCACAGCAGCAACCUGGAUACCAACAACAACAACAACAACAGGUGCCCUAUCAGCAGCAGCAACCCUAUCCGGGACAGGCAGGACAGGUACAAUAUCAGCAACAACAACAGCAGCCUCAACAGCCUCCUGGUAUGUACCAACAGCCACCCCCUCCAGUGGGGCAACAGGCGGGAUACCAACAAAGAAACUUCCAGUCUCAACCUCUCCCCCCUCAGCAGCAGCCACCACAGCAACAGCAGGGGUACGGGUUUCAAAAUCAGACCUACCCCCCUGCACCCUACCCUCAGGGGCAGGCCCCACCCCCUCAGCCACAGGGGGCGGGGUACCAAGGAGGCCCCCCAGGUCAGCAGCAACAACCCCAGGGAGGGUUUCCUGGCCAGCAAGGUGCUGGGUUUCAAGAGUUUGGAAAUUACAACAAACCUCAAAUGAUGGGGCCCGGUGGAUUUCAAGGACAAUUUCCCCCACAGCAGCAGGGGCCCGAACAGGGGUUUUCAGGUGGUGGUAAUAUGUAUGGACAAGGGGGGCCCCCUCAGGGAGGCCCCCCAGGAUCAACACAGCACCAGCAUCAUAACUUUAAUAAAUCCAAAGCACGACAUUCUGCCCUGACGAACAUUAAGAUAACCGGGCGGAGGUAGUGGUGUAUGAGGUUACUUCUUUUUAUUAAAUAGAAAAAGCAUGCUUGUGCAGCUGUUAUGUUCUUACAGAUUCCCAGUCUUUCCACAAAGAGAAAUUGUAUAACUACAUAUAGAUCAGUGGAACCCUACACACAAAAAAGGGAGUCGUUGAAAAGUAAAGCUACCAUGGUGCUCCUUGCUGUUAACCAGUGAAGUCGGGAUUUCCGACGUGUAAUGGUUGAAGGAACGUCCACGUGGAACUUGCGCUAGGAGAACUGACCUCUGUAUCACCAGAGUGGACCUGACACAGAUAACUUUCAUUCAAAAUAAAUACAGCUGUUGAAAAGAAA